UCAAAUAUUUUCCGCAGAGUUUGGGAGGUGCCAUUUCUGAGAGUGGAUUGAAGUUGUUUCAAAUGUUUUGACUGGAAAAGUUCUUUGCAAAUUCUUCACAAAUUACAAAUUCUUUACAAAUUAAUCCGCUUAAUUUCUCAGAAGCUAACUGGAUUAAGGACAACGUUUGAAUCCAUAAAGUGGAAGUCACUAUGUUUGAACCCCUUUCGAGAAAAAAAUUUUAAAAAGUUUGAACUCUUCCAGAUUCAUGUCACCUUUUUCUAGGCUACCGCCUUCCCUUUUUCCUUAAAAUAAUGCCAGGAUUAUCUUUUCAACGCAUUCAAUUAAAGAUGACAAGCCAGGGAAAGACAAAAAAAAAACAAUUGAAGGGAUUAACCUUGAAGGAAACAAUUCCCCUGGUGAUCUAAAAAGGACAUAAGGACCUUACUCAGUGGUUGAUAAAACAUACUCCAAUCGGCCCCCAUGUUCAAUUCUUAAGCGGGACUUUAACACGCAAAGACGACCGCAGCAAAUUUGCGAGGUUUAGCAAACGAAGACAAAGGGCGUGUUAAUCGUAGUCUACAAGCUAGAAGUGUACUCCGGGUAUUCAAAAGAAACGCUAGUAUUCUAAACAGCGAGGAAAACUCCAGCAAACUUAGAAGGUUUUUGACAUUUCAACAAGCUUGAACAAAAAGACGGCGUAGACAAAUCAAACAAAGAAGAAAUUUGCAACUUAAUCAGUGCAGAAACAACAACACUAGCGAGCGUAGAAUCAGAGAAAUGUCGUACACAGAACGGCAAGAAAGUCAAUCUCGACGAGUGGUGCAAAGUUCCAUGGUCUCCACCGCAACCAGAACAACUUCUGUUCGCCGCGUGACUAGUGAAAGUAGUGAGGUCAAAAUGGAAACCAAAAGGUCGUCUUUUCCGGCUCAAGAAGUUACUUUGUUUACUCGACAUGGCUUUGACUCCAGCACGGAAUUUAGGCGUUGGAAAAGCAGUAGCAGCAAUAGGAUCGAAUUCAACUCUUUUGAUCAGCGAUCUCUCCUAUUUAACACCUCUGGAGGUAACAGAAGGCUGAAUGAAGCCCGAGACGUGACCGAACAUGGUUCAAAGUCUCCCGAUCGUGACCGCGAACCCCCUCUGAAGGCAGUCGUCAAAGAAAAAUCUGAAAUACAGACUCCGGAUUGGAUGGAAGAGAAAGAAUCACCCGAGCUAAAGCGUAAGAUCUAUGACACCGGAACAAUCGAUCUUCUCUUGAAAUAUCCUUUGGAUAAUUCUCCUAAGGCCAAUAUUUUAGACCUGAGGAAGACGAAAUAUGAAAGUCCAAUCCGCCCUGAAGUCGCCAAACGAGAGAAAGCAGCUAUUCCCAUAUUAAGCCUUGAUGAUUUUGACAAACAAGAUGAAGAUGAUGAGGACGAUGAAUUCGAGGAGGUGAUUGUGGUUCUGGAUGUGCAAAGAAGACCGACUUGGCGAAAGGGAUUGGAAAGACCGAAACCACAGCCAGUUAAAGUCGGGGCUCGCGUCGAAGAUCUUCUCCAGCUCCCAGGAAAACCAAAAGUGAAGCCAGAAAGCGACCUUGACAUGUCAGCUGUUGAUGAGAGAAUUGAGUAUGUGGAACGCCCGCUAGUGGCUCAUGAGGGUCUGGACUUGACAGGUAUCCUUGACAACCUGUGACGCAUGCAAAGUCUAUCAGUCUGCAGUAGGCGAGAACACAGGCACAUUUUCAGAUUUAAAUAAUUAAUGCCUUAUUCGAUUUGAUAAAUUGAGCACCGGUUCUUUUCAAAAAUAUUCUCAAUAAGUCCACUUGAAACAGUUUUUUCAAACUGCCCUUAAGCUUUCUUUUAAUUCAGUGCGUUGCCUUCGUAAGUCAUCGAACUUAUGACAGAAAUAUUAUGACACCUCCAAAAAGACAGCAACAAAAAAAUGAACCAAUUGUAGGAUCCAAAUAGAAUACUGAAACGGCAACGACAAACUAAAAAUAAGCUCUUGAUUAUUUUGGUAUUUUUUCUAUGUGUUUUCCAUUCGCUAAACGUUGUGUUUUAUGUUUCCAUCUUUAUCUUUCGUGCUCCAUCUCACAUAAUAACUCAAUAUGACACAAGUGUUGUUUGGUAAGUAGCACAGUUUCACAAAGCAAUUUAUCAUUCUAGAAUGCGAAGUGCAAACCUAUUACCGUUCUGAUUAAAUGAUAAAAGGAUGAGAAAAACUUUCUAAAACCGUUAGUGUGCACCUUCAAGAACUUUGAAACUAUUGUACCACAUUCAUUUUGCUUCUAGAAAUGAUUUUUUAGGGGAAUCACGCGGAUCAUAGAUAGAACAUUGACCGACACCGAAAGUUUUCUCCAUUCAGACGUCUAAAACCGAGCGCCGACGACGCCAGUUUGAAGGGGGAUCUGAGGCCAGCCUCCCCUAGAAAAGUUUAAAAUCUAUUCUCCAUACAUGCCAAGAGAUCAUAAUCCUUUCAUUUGUACUUCCCUUAUGCUAAAACAAAAUAAAAUGUCCUCCUCGCAAAAAGGGCCCUCUGGCUCCGCUUUCCCUGCUUAGUUCAUAGAAGCAUCGUCUAGACCCUCCCUCCUUGAGAACUUCAUACCCAAUUCUUAUUUUAGCUUCAA